AAGUCAUCGCGAGCUGUAUCAUAUGGCGUCCAGUGCGGCCCGGGUCCCAGGCUAUCGACUUGCGGGAUGACUAGAGAGAGAGACUAGUCUGUCAGUCGUCGUGAGCCGUACGUCGUUGCUAGCUGAGCUCCGCGUAGCGGGAGAGAGUAAACCAUCAUGACAUCGAUGGAUGGCGGGUUCACCUGGGCUUCCGUGAAAGGGCCCUUGGGUGAUAAAAUUCGGAAAGAAAUGCUCGGUUUUGGCCAGGACUACAUCGAGGUUAAUCCUGGGCAUCACGUCUUAUGCAGCUAUUACCCAGCCUGGCAUAAGCGUUACGCGGAGUUCCCAGUGAAAGCCGACGAUAUCUGGGUUGUAACUUAUCCAAAGUCAGGAACAACGUGGACUCAGGAAGUUGCCUGGUGUCUUGUUCAUGGGCUGAACACCGAAGAAGGAAAACAGAACUUGAUGACAAGAUUUCCCUUCUUUGAAUGGGAAAGCCUUGUGCCAGAGAAGAUGGAAAAGACCCCAGGGCAAUUGGAUAGUGACCCUUGUCUUCCUGGUAAUACUUGGAAACUUGUGAACAAUAUGAAAUCUCCUCGGACCAUCAAGUGCCACCUUCCGAUGCCGUUGUUGCCCAAACAAUUCUGGACCGUAAAACCAAAGAUUGUCUACGUUUGCCGUGAUCCCAAGGAUGUCUGCGUCUCCUAUUAUUACCACUCAAUCAAGCUGGAAGGAUACACUGGAGAGUUUUCUGACUUUGUGGAACUUUUCCUGGGAGACAUGCUCGUCUACUCUCCUUUCUGGAAUCACACGCUGGACUUCUGGAAGAAGAGGAAUGAAGAAAACAUCCUCUUCCUGCGAUUCGAGGACAUGAAGGCCGACCUGCCAGCAGUUAUCAAGAAAAUAGCAUCGUUCCUGGGCAGGAGCGUCACGGAAGAAGAGGUAGAGCGCAUAGCAGACCAUUGUUCAUUCGGGAGCAUGAGCCAGAAUAAGGCUGUCAACAACGAGGACAUAGCCGCCGCCGAAUCAGAAAGAGGGAAGUCGAUCAAGUUCAUGAGGAAGGGAAAGGUAGGGGACUGGAAGAACCACCUGACCGCGGAUCACAUCAAGGCCUUCAAGGAAUGGACCCGGAAGUCGCUGGAAGGCUCGGAUUUCCCUUACUAUCAGGACUAUGAAUAAUCAAGGAAUAAUCAGGGAAUUACUAUAUGAUGAAACCGUUAUCAUCCAUAUAACCGUAUUUUCCAAACCCAUCGACGUUUCUUAUUCACUGGUGGAAAAUGAAAAUGUCUUUGUUGUUUGUUGUUGCUAUUGUUGUGUUUGAUGAAGUUAUGUUUAAAAAAGCUUUCUUCAAGCCGGUUUUUCAUAAUAUAUAUAUACUGGGACUGUUUUG